CCACUCUUUGAGAAAAUGGUCAGCAAUCAAAUAUUAUGUAUAGGUAGUAAAUAUAUUGAGAAUAAUCAUCGAACAAAGUACAAGAUAAAAAUAACUUGAAGGCAAAAACAUUUGUACACAACAUCAGUGCAACACAAACUGUAUUCGAGAAUGCGCCUUCAUUAUCUGUCAAAUAAACCGUGGCAAAAGUGGACAAAGGUUUCGAGUCGCAAUUUCAUUUAUUUACGCAAAAUGUCUGCAAAUUCUCCUCCUGGAAAGAGUGAUGGGGAUGAUCCUGUGGAUAGGUCUGUGCCGAGCGUCCCGCCAAAUCCUGUGGAUAGCUUAGGAGCUCGUAUAAGAGACUUGGAUGUGGAUUCUAUUCGUCGAUAUUUGGCCCAAAAACUCGGAUUUUACGAACCGCCAGAAACAAGCGCGCCAGUUGAUCAGGUCUUGGAUGAAGUUAAUUUGGACGGCAUUGUGAAAUGGAUAAAAUCUGAACGCUGUAAAAAUAUUAUCACUCUGGCCGGGGCGGGUAUUUCAACUUCGGCAGGCAUCCCAGACUUCCGUAGCCCAGAAACAGGACUGUACCACAACUUACAGAAAUAUGAUCUUCCGGAACCACAGGCAAUAUUUGAGAUAAACUUCUUUAGACAAAAUCCCAAGCCAUUCUUUAUGCUAGCAAAGGAAUUGUAUCCCGGAAGCUUCAAACCCACGAUCUCACAUUAUUUCAUCCGGCUUUUACAUGAGAAAGGUCUACUUCUUCGCCACUAUACCCAGAACAUAGACACGCUAGAGCGAGGUGCUGGCAUUCCAGAAGAGAAACUAGUUGAGGCCCACGGCACCUUCUACACUUCACAUUGUCUCGACUGCCGCAAGGAAUAUAAUCUUGAAUAUGUCAAAGAACGUAUAUUCGCGGAUCAAAUUCCUAUCUGCACGGAUUGCCCAGGCGUCGUGAAGCCAGACAUUGUGUUCUUUGGCGAGAGCCUGCCUGACCGCUUCCAAAGAUGUUUGCAAGAGGACUUCCAGCACUGCGACAUGCUCAUUAUAAUGGGAUCCUCACUUGAAGUCCAGCCUUUUGCUUCACUUAUUGAUAUGGUUCCUGACUGGUGUCCAAGACUGCUGAUCAACCGCGAGAAGGCAGGCAUGAGGUCCCCAUUGCUGCGUCUCUGGGGAGUGAUGAGCGGAGGCCUGCAGUUGGAUGAGGAUUCCAUACGUGAUGUAGCCCGCCUUGGAGACUGUGAUGAUGGAUGCCAGGAUCUCGCUGAUAGACUUGGAUGGGGGGACGAGCUUCGCGCGUUAGUAGCGAGUGAACACGCCCGAUUGGAUCUCGCCAACGCUUUGUCUACGCCCCACGCGUCGUGUGUGCCACCCACCCCGGCGACACUGCUCACACCGCCAGCAGACCCAAAACUAUGAGUACAGACUUAAAUUUAUAUAUAUUUUUGGUCUUUAUCUAUGAAAUUGUCAGAAAAGUGCUAUUUUCAUAGAUAUAACCUACUAUUUAUUAGCUAAACGGCCUGCUUCACUUCAGAAUAACCGUUUAUAG